AUGGACGAGUCUAGCACAAGUCAAGAAUCGGUUUCAACGCCAUCGGUUCUAUUAAAUAGAAAAGGUCUUUUUGGCAAUUCAGCAUCUAGUCUUCAGAACUCGUUCGUCAAAGAGCCAACUCCAGAACAAAAAAGUGAAGAAGUUGUAAACGAUUCGUCGGGGAACAGUUCAACUGCAAGAAACGUGGAAUCUGUUGAAAAUGGCGACAAUCCGUUGACAGUGAAUGAAAAGACAGGAAAUGGUGAUUUUGAGUCAACCGCAGAGGAAGAGAAAGAAGAUAAGACCAACGAAGAAGUAAAGGAUACCGCUGGUGAAGAGAUAAUAUCACCAAAAAUUGUUAGUAUGGAUACCACAAACCAAGAGAGUUCUUCUUCGGAGAAAAAACAAAGUUUGGAUGAAAUCCCCGAAGAUGAACAAGUUGACGAUGAAGAAGAGAUCGAAGAUGAGGAGGAGGAAGCUCCAAGAAAGAAAGUGAAGCGUACAAGAACCAAAUCUGAAGAGCGAGAAGAAUCUGAAGAAAAUAAUGAGGACAUUGAAAUGAUCGAAGCAGAAGAUCAAACAGUGCACGAUGACCAGCCUGAUGCUGAAAAUACUCACGAGGUAGAUGAAAGUAAAGACGGUGAAAAAGAGUCAAAUAACGAACAAAUGGAGGAAGAAACGAAUGAUAAAGAAGAAGAGCUUAUUGAAGAAUCUCCGCGACGAAGAACGAAGCGUGGUGUCGGAACACCUUUAAACAAUCCGCCUGACUCAAAGCGUGAUCGUCGUUCGAAUGUUAGCGAGGCUAACGACCCGGAAACUCCCUCAAGUCAAGAGAGCGAGGAACCGAAACGUGGACGAGGUCGUGGACGAAAGUCUGCUGCCACGAUUGAAAACGAGAAAAAAGAGGGAUUAAUGUCGUUCAAUAAAACUCCACGACGUGGUAGAUCAAAGAAAACUGAUAUUGAAAAAGAGGAAAAUGUGGAAGAGAUCCAAUAUGGGGAAGAAGAAGAAGAGGAGCCAGAGAAGCAGGAUGAAGAGCCGAGAAGUUCGCGACGCGGACGCGGGCGUAAAUCUGCUUCAGCGGGUACUCCAAAAACGCCGGGAGUGGAUCGACGAUCCAAGAUUGAUCACGUUGAAGAAGAUAAAGAGUCUGUAAAUGCAGUUAAAACAGGAAGAAGAGGAAGACCUGCCAGAAAAACCGUUAUUGAGAAUGAUGAUGAAAGCGAAAAGAAUGAGGUGGAGGAUGUGCAAGAAGAUGAAUCUCCGCGUUCUCGUAGAUCACAAGCAUCAAGCAAUAAGGCUAAUGUGGUUUGGAAUUAUAUAUAUAUUGUCGACGUCGCGCGGCUGUGGAAAUUUUACGUCAACACCACUGUCAUUGCUAUUUGGCAUUUGGUCAUUGUUUCGCAGGCGCGCGACGUCGACAAUAUAUUUCUACUUCCAGUCGAAGGGGAAAGACUUCAGAAGGUGCGGAUGAUACAGAAGAAUCAGAUGAAACUCCUAAGUGGAAGAUCGGCGAAAGCUACUUUGGCCACUUCUGAUAAAACACCUGCCUACAAAAAGCUCUUGAACGAUGGUGAGCACGAUCCUUAUGACUUGGAUACCGAAAUGGACAAACAUCCUGAGCCAUUGAAAAAUAUUCACAUGGAGGUUCAGCAGUUUGGGGCAGUGAAAUAUGCAAAAAUUGGAGGGUCUUCAUCAGCGUCGAGAUACGAAUUCACCGAAAGAGCAGCUGGAGCACGUAUUCCAAAUCUUUCGAGUAGUCCGCAGCGUCGUGAGCGUAAAACUUUAGCAGAAAUGGCACCAGGAAAAGAAAAAAUACCUCAUAAAAAAGAUACAGGAAUACUCCCAACACCUCGAAAGGGUCGCGGAAAAAAUACUGCAGAAGAGGAAGAUGAUCAAUUCGAUAUGAAAGAUGACGCCGAAGAAGGAGAAAAGAGUUCACAAAGAGGACGAAAACGCAAAAGCGAAUUAGAAACAACGCCACUUGUUGCCCCAAAGAAGGCUACAGUUGAAAUUCCCGAACUUAGCAAUGAAGAACAAUGGAAGGUUGACCAUCCAGACGAUGAACACGAACCACAUGCUCCUGGAGCACGUGUAUUCGCCCUUUUUGGCAAAAUUUAUUAUCCAGCUGUCAUUGGCGCGGAACGAGAUUCAUACGGUCGUUACAAAGUUCAAUUCACGGCUGAUAAAAUCGUGAAAGAUGUUCCAGCUGCUGGAAUCAUUCCUUUGCGGGCAGUGGUCGCCGGAAAGCAAUGUUCAUACAAUGAAGAUAUUCUUAGCGUAAUUCGGUGCCCGAAUGCAGCUUCCGCAGAUGACUGGAGCACGGGCAUGUUUCAGCUCGAAUAUUUGAACGAGGAGGAAGAUCCAACCGGGGAAACAGCAUUAGUGAAAUGGACGGAUAUUUCCCUUGAUAUGCAUGAAUGGAAAGACUACAUUCAGAAGAAGUCUUUCGAAGCUUCAUCCAUUGCUUCCGAAAAUAUCACUACACCAGCACAGCUCAGCCGUCAGGCCCGGAAAGCUGUAAAAACACCAGCUGCUUCAUCGCCGAAACCGAAGCCAAAAUUUCCGAAACCAGAACCAAUUGUUCGUCAAUUUUCCACACAGUUAACGAUGAAUCCAAAAGGAGUUGGGAAAAAUAUUUUCGCUGGAAUGGUCUUUAUGAUUACAUCAGCAAAGAGCACAACAGGCGGAGGACCAGUGGCAAUACGCAAAAAGCAUUUACAAGAAUUCAUCGUGGAGAACGGUGGAGUUGUUACGGAGAAUUGUGAAGACAUUGAUAAGCCAGCAAAGGAAAUUCUUGUGAUUUCUGAUAUGCACUAUAGAACUCACAAAUAUUUGAGAGCACUCGCGCAAAAUAUGCCAUGUAUUUCGAACGAGUGGAUAGUGCAGUGCAGCGAAAAAGGAAUGUGCAUUGAUUACAAACCAUUUAUUCUUCCUUCUGGAGUUUCGAUUAUUGACGAUAAACUUUAUCCGCCACCCGAAAAUGCCGAUAAAUUGCUUGCCGGAGAGGUUUUUUAUGUUCAUUCAACCCAUGACGGUAAAAACAUGAACCGUGAUGGUACUUCUUCUUCUUUUCAUGAAAUAUGGAAGCCAAUGAUAUUAUCGCUUGGAGCUAGUAUAAUUGAUGUUGGGUAUGAGAAAAUUCGAGGAAAUCAAUUUAACUAUUUAUUGACUGACUCGAGCGCCAAGGAAGAUGUGGUUAAUUACGCGAAAGAAAUUGGUGCAAAGAUCAUCUCUUCGGAAUGGGUUAUCCAGACGCUUAUCAUGGGCAAGAAGUUGCCGGUUGAUGCGCAUCCAAAAUUCACUCCGUGCUUAUAA